AUGGGAGAUGAAGAAAGUCCACCAGGAGCUUUUGCAAUAGGAGGACCAGGCGCCCGUCGGGGAAGCUCCUCCAGUCUGGUUAUUUGCAGCAGUGUCAGAGCAUCUCAAAGCGAUCCAGUUCGCAUUGAUGAUGCCCACCUAGUGGCUCUGGAUGAAGAGAAUGCACAAUCGGAUAAUAUGGAUGGCAGCCAUCGCAGCAGCAAUACUGAACUUGUUGAGGGCAAAGCUCUAGGCAGGAGACAGCAAGACAAGCAAGGCCACUGGAUUGGGUGGGUUGCCAUAGUUGGAUGUGCUGUCCUUGCGGUGGUUUUGAUGCUGGUCUUCCUUCUGGGGCGGUCUGAUGGCAAACUCACAGAGACGCUGAUAAGUGCAAACAGUAAUUUCACACAAGACAAAGCCCCUUAUCCACCAUUCCAUGAUGAUCUCCCUGCGUUGGUUACCACGGGCAUCUUGGAGCACAGAGAUAGUCCUUUCUAUCAUGCAAAUCAAUGGGUCAUGAAGGAUCCCAACUUCAGCACCUACUCCAAAGAACGAAAUCUGCAAAGGUUCUAUUUGGCCAUGAUGUUCUAUGCUACAAAUGGUGAUUCUUGGCUUGACUAUGAGAACUGGCUCAGUUAUGAAGUCUCAGAAUGCAAUUGGUUCACCAAGAGCAGCUUUGCCACCUCAAGCAAGUACUACGAAGCCAAUGUCUGUGAAGACAACACAGUGAUCAACUUGAGCCUUUCAUCAAACAAUUUGACAGGGACGUUCCCAAUUUGGUACACCUACUUCAUUCCCUCAUUGAAGAUCCUUGACCUCAGUUACAAUUCCAUUGUUGGUGCACUGCCCCAAUCACUUCCACUCCAGGGAACAUCUGAACUUGGUCAACUUUCUCACUUGAAGAAGUUAGACCUAACAGACACACCUGUCACUGGGAAGGUGCCUGUUGAGGUUUGCAAGAGAGUGCAAGAAGGCCAACUGGAGCUAUUGGUCGACUGUGGGACCCUGCUUGAAUGUUGUGCUAACUGA